CUAACUAUUUUGAGUUGCGUCUUGGGGGGGUUCGAGAUUAUGUCAAAAGACGCAUUGUCCCCCCCAGCCUCUCGCAACGGUCCAGGAUCUCGAAUGGGGUUUGCUUCUUGUCGAUUGCGUAUACACAUUUAUACAUAUGUGUCUAUAUACUCAAGAAUACGUACACCGUCUGUCUCUCUGCAGUUCACUUCGCUUGUGGCUCAACUCCACCCAUCUGCUGAAGUGUUUCGACGCGACCGGCGCCGGCUGAAACGGAACUGAAACCGCGUGUCCUGGUAGAGAUGAGAUAAGACAAGACGCCGAGAGUCAUUGACCUUUUUUGGGAGAUUCUCCUGUUACGGCGACACUAGAUCGACGACUCGGACGAACCGUCCAACUAUCAGAAAACAACUCCAGUAAACGACCCAUACAAGCAGAAGAGAGAAAAAAAAGAGAGAAAGCGGAUAAGAACUCGGAUACGAUAGAUCUAAGCGUCUCUAGGAACACAGAACACAGAACACAGCACAAACAAUGGACGGCAAGUCGUUCUCAUCACGGAUCGGCGACCUGGUCAAAUUUCUCUCCUCCGUCCAAGGCGACCUUUCCAAUGUCACCGGUCCCCCGUCCUUCCUGGCGCCCUCGUCCAUCGUCGAGUCCGGCCCCUCCUGGUGCCAGCGGCCCGGCGUCUUCGUCGCCCCGGCCCUCGAGCCGGACCCGGAGAAGCGCAGCCUCAAGGUCCUCCGCAUGAUCCUCGUCGCCAUGCGCAGUCAGUACUACGUCGCCGGCGCCCCCGGCGUCAGCAUCAAGAAGCCCCUCAACGCCUUCCUCGGCGAGCUCUUCCUCGCCUCCUGGACCGACUCGGACCGCAAGGCCCGCACCGAGCUCGUCGCCGAGCAGGUCAGCCACCACCCGCCCAUCACCGCCAUGCACAUGGCCAGCCGCGAGCACGGCAUCCGCGCCGAUGGCUACGCCCGCGUCGAGAUGACCUUCUCCAGCAGCGUCAACAUCCGCCAGGUCGGCCACGCCGUCCUGCACAUCGACCGCUACGACGAGGACUACCUCAUCCCCCUGCCCGAGGUCAAGGUCCGCGGCUUCCUCAACGCCUGCCUGUACCCGGAGGUCCUCGGCACCUACUACGUCGUCUCCAACACGGGCUACGUCUCCGAGAUCAAGUUCUCCGGCAGCGGCGUCUUCCGCGGCAAGAAAAACUCCUUCGAGGCCCGCGUCUACCACAAGAACGACAAGAAGAACACCAUCUACGAGCUGCAGGGCUGCUGGAGCGAGGGAUGGACCGUCAAGGACGCCAGGACCGGCGAGGUGCUCGAGCACUACGAGGUCGACGCCCUCGACAACCUCCCUGCGCCCAUGGAGCUCGAGCCCGUGCCGGAGCAGGACCCGUGGGAGUCGCGGCGCGCCUGGAACGGCGUCAUCGAGGGCCUCGGCCGCGGCGACUUCCGCGCGACCGUCGACGCCAAGAGCAAGAUCGAGGAGGCCCAGCGCCGCAUGCGGGCCGAGGAGAGGAGCAAGGACGAGACCUGGGAGCCGCUGUUCUUCAAGAGCAUCCCCGGCGAGGACCACGAAGUGUUUCACCGCUUGACGAAAGGCGUCGACUGGCAGCUGCACGACAAGCAUACCAAGGGCGUUUGGAAGAUCGACGACGCGAAGAGGGACUCAAUACAGAAGCCGUACAGGGGGGACUUGACUCCGUUGGGUUAGAUUU